AUGCGCACUGUUUUCACCAUCUACCCAGGCAUCGGCUUCAAAGGCGCUGUUCAAGCCGAAGAGGCCAAGCAGCUCACCAAAUUCCUCGCCAACCUGCCCCCCGCCAAUCCUUCCGGGCAGGACUAUGUCAUCAUCACUGGCGACUUCAACUCUGACCCCACGUCUGAGGCGAUUGGUAACAUGCUCAAGGGAGAUCAGAUCGAGCUCACAGAUAGCUGGCCCCACUGCAGCUACGGGCCGAUCCUCGCUACACAGAACGGCUUCACGUUCAACAGUGCCAACCCAACCGAGCGUAUCGACUAUGCAUUCUACGCCGCCCGCGGAUCCAGCAACGACAAGGUGACCUGCCGAGCCGGCGUGCGCAACACCCAAGCGUCCGAUCAUCGCCCCCUCUACGUGUCAUAUCCCCUCCUGUGA